AUUUGGCAAUUACUUGGGACAUGGCGCGCUGCUGCAGUUGAAGGCGCAAGCCCGCUAUGGAGGACCAGGCAGCACUGCUUCUUUCCCGCGCCCGGGCGGCGCUGGAGAUGUACCCCAGCCCCGAGGUGCUGGAGUCAGCGCAGCGGGCGCUGGACAUUUGCCGCAUCCGAGGAGGUGAGGUGGGCCGCACUGGCGCGCACGAUGCGCUUCGCGUCAUCAUCAGCUACCACCGGCAGCUGGCCGGUCAGGAGCUGCGCAAGCCGAUGGAAGCCUUGCAACUGGCCGCCCGAGAGUUAGCCAGCUGCAGGGAGCAGGGUGACCGUCGUGGCGAGGCCAUGCUGAUGCUGUCUUUGGCAGAGAUCAACAUGGACAAGCGUGGCCGUGGCAAGCGCAUGGAGGCGCUGGAGGCAGCCACGGAGGCUUUGCAGAUUUUCCAGGACUUGAAGGAUGGCGAGAAUGAGGCACUUACGCAACUGAUCCUGACGAACCUCCACUUCAAGCUGCAGCAGCCUGACAAAGCCCAGCAGGCAGCCGACGCGGCGCUGGAGCUAUCCACCAGCCCCUUGCUGCGGGGCAAGGCGCUGCAUGCGGCGGCCCUCGCGCUGGCAGCGCGGCGCCGCUUUGGUGCGGCGGCGGACAAGGCAGAGGAAGCCCGGCUUUGCUUUCAUGAAGCUGGCAGGUUGGAAAUGGAGGCGGCGGAGCUGGUCUCCGUGGCCUCCUGGCGCCUGGAGGCGCUGCAGCCGCUGCCGGCGCUGUCAGCGGCAGAGGCGGCGCUGCGGAGCUUCCGCGGUCUCAGCUACGGAAAAGGCUGGCCGCAGAAGGCUCUGAGCGUGCUUUGCGAAGCGCUGGCGGCUUUGGGACAGGCACCACGCGCGGUGAAGCUGACAAAGGAGCUGCGCCAAGAGUUUCUCGAGGCGCAGGACCUCCGGGCUGUGGCGCAGCUGGAUGAGCUGCAGGGCUUCCUUUGGGCACAGAGCCCCCGGCCUGAGCGCGCCCACGAGCCGCUGGAGGCAGCGAGGCAGACAGCCCAGACUCUGAAGGAAGAGGGCUGGCAUGCGCGGAUUUGCCAGGGUCAGGCGGCGUCGUUCCUGGCCGGUGGCGAUGCGACCGAGGCGCUGCAGGCUCUUGGAAGAGCCCGAGAGGCGGCCAAGGCAGCCACAGACCGGCGGGAGGAGGCAAAGUCGCUGCGGCAGAUCUUUCAGCUGCACUUCGACCUCCGGAACUUCGAGGAGGCGAUCCACGCAGCCGAGAAAGCACGGAAAGUUGCCAAAUCGUCGGAGGACACCGCGGGCGAGGCCCGGGACUGCCUUCGCAUGGCCACGGCGCUGGCAAACCUGGGCCGCGUGGACGCGGCCUUGGCCAAGGCCGCAGAGGCCCGGGAGCUGGCGGAUCCCCGGGGCGAGGCGCAGGCGCUGCGGACCCUGGCGGAGCUGCUGAGGAUGCAGGGCGACGUGGAGAAGGCCAUGGAGGCAGCAGAGGAGCGCUUGACUGUGACCAGAAACCUGGGAGACCUGUCCUGGGAGGCCGAGUCUCUGCAGCAGUUGGCAGAGCUUCAUCUUGCAGAGGGCGCUGUGGAGGAGGCAGCACUUCUGGCAGAGGAGGCCCGCAAGCUUUGCAAAGAGGCCAGGGAUAGGCCGCAGCUCGUACGAGCGCUGCUUGUUUCGGUGGAGGUGGCACUUCAGCAAGCGCUUGAGACAAAGACCGCCCGCCGCCAGCUGGUUCGGUGGUCUGCCGAGGCGCUAGCGUUGGCAGGGAAGCUCGGGGACAAAGCGCUGCGGGCUUUGGCUUUACACUGGCAUGGCCAUGUGCUGGGGGCUGUCGGCCGGCCGCAUGCCGGCCUCAGCUUCGUCCGGGAGGCUGCGGCGCUGUGUGGCGAGGAUUUGUCCGGUGCUGCGCGCUGCUGGGUGCUGCUUGCCCAGCUGCACGGGGCGGCCUCCGCGCGACAGGAGGCCAUUGAGGCGGCGCAGGAGGCCCAGCGCCUGGCGCGAGCCUGCGGCGACCUGGCGGCCGAGCAGGCGGCGGCCUCCUUCGAGGAGUCCAUGAUGAAGAAGCCGGAGCCGGAGAGGCCAAGGCAGACGGAGAGGCCAGAGGCCCCCAGCCCCGAACCAUCUGCGGCGCCGGAGGAGACGACAGUUGUGGCCCAGCCAGGUGCAAAGUCUCUUGAUGCUGCGCAAGUCGGGCGUCAGCUCCUUGAAUUAGUCAAAGAGUUAACGUCGGCCACGGAGGAAGUCGAGUUGGAUAUGGCCUUCGUGGAUGCUGGGAUGGACAGCUUGUCAUCGGUGUCAUUGGUGACCGCGUUAAACCGGGACUUUGACAUGGGUUUCACCCCAUCCAUUAUGUUUGAUUAUCCCACGAUUCGGAUGCUCCAGGACUACUUAGUCGAGGAAAGCCAAAGCUAA